AUGACAUCUGAUGAAAAAUUUGACCAUGUCCAGGCAUACCAUUGUGACCAGCUACCGAAGGAAUGUAAGUUCAUGUUCAACAGACCACGCCCUGGACACUGGCCAAGACCGGACACACUGGUCAGGGCCAGACAGACUGGAGUCUUUCUAGUGCCACAGGGCUACACUGAGAGCCCAAGUAAACAAACAAUGAGUAGAUCUACAGCAUUCAUGGUCCCAUCAAAAUUGACCAGUUAUCCUUAUUCAAAAUGGCAGUGGAGGUUUUCAACUUCAUUGAUGGAACGAUUUUUAAUAUUUGAUUUUAGCCCUGUUCAAGUGAAAGUAUAUACCCUUACGAAAAUAAUAAGAAAAACUUUUCUAAAACCUGUGUUUGGAGACAGAUUCAGCACAUUUCAUAUCAAAACAGCGAUGAUGUUUACAAUAGAAAACUAUCCUCUUGACAUAUGGAGGGAAGACAACAUUGUGCAAUGCAGUACGUCUGGUUCCCAAAGUGACAUUGAUUUGGGAGUAGUAUCACUGUUGACCCCAUUCCUGCACAACACUCUUGCCUCCAUGCUGGCUUCAAGAUGCAUCUACCUCGGACAACCAAUCACACAGGAUAUAUUCAACUGGUACCAGCAGUCACUGGACUCUGACUGUAUGUCCAGUAGAUUGAAGUUUGCCUCCAUGUUGUACUGCAGAGGGCAGUAUGAUGAAGCUGCUGAAGUACUGACUUACUGUGAAGGACUGCUGGGACCAGAAGUGUGGCAGUAUUGUACACAUCGAGAAAGGAAAUGUCUCAGUCCAAGUACUGAGUUUAAAACCAAGUUGGUAUUCUGUCCACCCAAUGAGAUGCAUAAGAAAUACACCAUGGUGUGUUUAGUUUUUAGAAAAGAAGAAAUAAACUGCAUUCCACAACAUCUUACUUAUGGAAUGUUCAGAGAUGAAGACAUUCCAAUUUGGUACAAGUGGAAGAACAAUGUAGUCAUUGACUGCAUCCCAUUCCUGUACUACCUACAACACCUCACCUACAGGGAGCUUCAUAAACCCUUGAGAGCACAAACAGCGCUACUUCACCUUCAUGAGUACACAAUAGGGCCACCAAAGGGCCAUAUUGAUACAACCUUCAACAUGCUGGGUCACUGCUUUGAACUUCAGAACAGGUUAGACCAGGCUUGGAUGUGCUACGGCAGAUCAUUGGACAUUUAUGACAGAGACAAUGUUUCCCUCUUGCAUUUAGCCAGAUUAUUUCAUCAGGUUUUUAUGUAGUGGAUAUCCACAUUGACACAGCCUUCAACAUGUUGGGUCAUUCCUAUGAAUUUCAGAACAGGCUAGACCUGGCCUAGAUGUGCUAUGGCAGAUCAUUGUACAUCUAUGAAAUGAUACUACAUCAGU